AUGGAGAAACUCUCUACCCUGCUGAGCAACGAGACAUGGACCAUGCCGACGGGAGGCGUGGACAGCACUCUCGCUAUUGGUCUCUCCUUCAUCUUCCUCGCCUACAUCUUGCACCCAGCGAUCGAGGCUGCGUACCAGAGGGUGCGCGCCUACCACGCGUGGCGAUGCAUCGAGAAGCAACAGAGGGUUGACGUGACGACUUACCUCAUGCUGUCGGAACUGUUUGCGGGGCGCGGUAGGUGGGACGCCGCGCGCGUCAUCACCCUACUGCUCUUGGCGUUCUCACUGGCUUCGUGGAUUCUGGAGCUGUCGAUGGACCUGAACCCUGUGGAUAACCCAGCUCACCUUCUCACUCAACCGCCCCCCGUUUUCAAGUGGGAUGCUGAAAACGACAAUGGGGAGGUCCCCUGGCACGUUUUGAACCUGACCGAAAUCGACUCAGAGUACCAAGGGAACUGGUGGAAGCUGCCCAAUGUCUUCGAGACAUUCGCCAAGUCGAGGUACUACGUACAAAACGACACGUACUACGCGUGGAGCAAGCGGAAGGACAGGUACAUCGACGGCGAAAUCAUCGUUGCCAGCUGGUCGCCGGAGGAGAAGCCGGAUAGCCUGAUCUACGGGCAAAGCGCCACCGUGAUGGUAGACGGCAUCACGUGCUCGUCGAACGGAACGCGGGACGACACAACGGUUACCCGGAGGAACGCAACCGACCACAUCGAAGAAUGGGGCACCGUUCUGGAGUGUGACCGUGGGCCUGGGAUCACCAACGGCACCGGCAAGAGCAAGCCCUCGAUCAUUCUCACCGCGCACGACGGCGGCGACACACACGUUAUCGUAGAGGAGACCAGCAAGCACCCCAGCUUCCUCUACUCCGUCUGGAACGCAACCGGCGAUUCCAUCACCGCUGCCGGCGACUCCUCCGUCGAGAUCGCCUACGCCUUCCACAUCGCGUCCACCGUGCGGCUUGCCGAGGCAGUGGUCACCGGGAUCGUAAACGGCGUGGCUGGCGGCGGCGGCGGCGCUUGUUUCGGCCUCCUCCGAGCGUACAGCAAGGGCAGCGACACGCCGGAGUUCGAGGAGUACGGUACCGAAAAGGCGACGCCAUUUGGCGAGGACCCCGAAAAUGGCGCGGUGGACUCCUUGAACGAGGUGGAGAUCAUCAACACCGGGGUCAUGAUGAACGCCAACGCGAUGGUGGCCUUCGUUUGGUUGUUGGUCCUGAGCUUCAUCGGCUUUGGGAUGACCUUCUUCUUGCGUUCCAAAAUCGACAUGGAUAUCUACGACAGGCACUACGAGCACCAAGCGCGAUCCACCUUGCACGCCCGCAAAACCCCGCAGGGACGAGCUACUCCGCGUGAUCUCCCUCCAGGCGCAGGGGUUCCCCGACGACCCCUCCAAGCACUCCGCGAUGCGCAUCUACGUCCAGAGGGAAGAGGGGAGCAAGCACGUGAGCGUCGUUAUCAGCGAGGCCGACGGCAACCAGAGCGACUGCUGGGGCUUUCUCACGAGAAGAGGGCCCGAGGGCUGGGCAGGGCCUUUCCCGGCCCGAUGAACAACUUCAUCUACCCGGAGUCCGUCGCUUCGUCCGUCACUCUGAGCGGUUCGCCCGUGCCGCUCCCGCUCGGCCCCACGACGGCAUCGCCGACGCUUUCCCCCGCCGUCGUAGUACGGGGGGUGGCUGUUCCGAAUCCCCGGCCGGGGGUACCACUGAUUCCGCCAGACCGAGGCGCGUCAGUCCUCUUCGAGAGCGUGUUCUCAGAAAGCGAAGAUGACGACGGCGACAACAACGGCAGAGACGCCGACGAUGGCGACGUGGGUACUGGGACUGACGGCGGCCCGCCGCCGGGCCUUCAACGUCCCGCGUUCGGUGGCGAGCACGGCGGGACCGACUCCCGGCGGGGCCACAGUCCGUCGGGGCGCGCCUCAUCGUUGGUCGGGUUCGCCAGCCGGGAUCCGGACAGCGACGCCACCAGGGCUCCUGUGGAGACGGCAAACCAGGGUAGCGGUCACAACACCGGGGGCGGUCGUGGCGGAGCGACCGCCAGGUCCGGUGACCAUCGUUUGCACGCCCGGGACUGGACUACGCCUCCGCCGGACAGCACGGGGGGCUCCCCGGUGCCCUCGGGAGUGUUGACGACAAUGGACACGCUCGGCCCUCCGCAGAUGAUGCCGCUGACCCGGGCUUCGGGGGAAGAAACCAAGCAAGAGGGCGGCGUACCGUUGCCACCGGUGUGAUGUUUUUGUUCAUGCGGCGCCGUCGGGAACGGCGUGCCGCAGACUUCCGCGGACGUGCUUGUUUUGAUGUGCAGAGGUUGCGUACACGCUUGAUGCUGUGUUUUUUUUGGGUUAUGUUGAAUUUGAGACGACUUCUGUGCAGCAGCGGGACGUAUGUUCAACAGCCGUUCGCUUGGCUUCGCUGCUUUGUGAAAACAGCGUUUACUAUUUGGGUGCAUGGGGAGGCAAAGGAGUCGACUGGUAUUGUACACGCGCUUGCCACUGCAGCGAUCGUAUUUCCCGACCAACGUUGGACGGGGAGGAGUUGAAAGUGUGCAUGUCCCGCACGCAUGUGUUUUCAAUCCCGUUUUCACCAGGCGUUGAGUGCGGCAUCUAUAAAUGCAGGGGAAUGGUAGUGGGGUAGAGGGAAAGUCGGACAAAUUUCUUGCAAGCACGCUGCAAGAGGUAUGAUAAAUCAAGCGCGUGUCGUUCCUGUUCUCCUCUCAAGAGCCUAGGGUACGGGGUGAAUGUCACACACUAUUUAUUCUCCCAAAUGGUGGAUGAAGGAUAGGGACAGCCCGCCUUUGUGGGGGAUGUCUCAGUCAUUCUGCAGGCCACAAUGUUUCACCGCCCUCCGGUACUUGUCUGUUUUAUUUAUUUCCAAGUGGUUCCUCAAACAGUUGGAUACAAACGGUUCCGUAUCGGAGAAAAAGCGCCCAUCUGGAUUUUGACGCCUUCGAGAUGCUAGAGGUGGAUGGCAAGCCCGAGUCGAAGAGUAGCACGACUAUAUAGUCGGGGAACAGCCUAGAGAGGGCAAUGUAUAAAAUAAAAUUGAUUUUGAUCAUUGAGUGAGGCUUCCCUCAGCGCUACUAACAGCGACACGAGUAUUGUAUUGAUUGUAUUUUAAUUUUCCAGCCUCAGUCCUGCACCACGGUUGUCAACCUAGUAUAUUUUAUUGCUAGUUUACAGUGCUGUAUAGGUUACCCUUUGGGGGGGGUGCCAGGGGGGGAAACCCGCGCGGUGAUCAGGGUUUUCCCCGUGGGGUGAGGAGUGUUUUCCCCAACCCUGGAGGAAGAGCCUUUUUUGGGGGGGAGGGGGGUUUGGGGCCCAAGGGAACCUUUUUUGGGGGCGGGGGGGGGGGGGGAGUAUUUCCCUAU